AUGAGUGAAAAUAAGACAAAACACUCAACUCGUCCCUAUCGAUCGAAAAGACGCCCACCAUGUGAUCGAUGUCGGCAUAAGAAGCUCAGAUGCGAUGCACAGGUUGGAAAGGGCUGCCAGAGAUGUGAGGCUGUCGGCUCUGAAUGCAGCUUCCGAGCUCAUACAUCUGCGUGUCGACCUCUAAUUCUACCAGAAACACAGUCAUCAUUACCGGAUCAUAAUAGGCCGAGAUCAGAGCAUGGGGAUAUUCACAUGGGUCCUCGUGGCUUUGCUCAAUUCCAGACAGGACCACUCUCCAGUGCCAUUCAGCCCUCUCUAGAUUUACAUUUGACGACGGAAUCAGUUGAUGAUUUACUUCUCCCUCUGCAGCCCGCUUACCAUCUACCAGAAAGACCUACGCCACAAGCAAUACAGACUCUGGAUCAAUUACAGGGUUUCUCAUAUCAAGUCAUUGGAUCAUCUGGCGAAUCGGAUCCAUAUCUUCUGCGGCACUGCAAUUUCGACGAUCAUGGCUUUUUGAUGCUCCAUAAAGUCCAUUAUAGAAAUGCGGGCGGCGUUCCUCUAGAUGAGAAAAUCCCAGUUCACUUCCUGGUGACGGAGAAUGAAUUAUACGAACAUGCAAGGAAAGAUACAAAAGUAUGCAACAAGGAGGAAAUUCGCGGUGAGCUAAACAGUUUGGUCCCGUUGGAAUGUGGCCAGAGAUUGGUCUCUCUCUUUAUGCAAUUUAUUUUCCCAAAUCUACCUAUCCUAUCUCGAUUUCAGCUCGGGCUUUCUGCGUCGCAGACCGUCCCAGACCAGGCCAUCUUGAGAACUAAACCCGUCCAUCUUCUUGCAGCUAUUUAUGCAUCGGCGCAGCCUUUUGCCAAGUUCGAUGAAUACCUUUGCUUGCUGAAUGCCUACUCGGUCCCGUCCAGUGAUCGACUCUGGCGCAUCGUGUGGGAAGUGCUGCAAGAAGAAUUACAUACUCCCAACCUAGCAGCAUUGCAAGCGGGUCUCUUAUAUCUGCAUAAGCCCACCGAGGGCAGUCAAAGUGCUUCCACAGAUAGCUCCUUUGUAUGGUCUUUCGUCGGUCAGUUAGUUGGAUUGGCAACAUCCCUCGGCCUGCAAUUAGAAUGCAAGCCCAUGGGCCUUCCAGCUUGGGAACGACGAUUACGCCGCCGACUAUGGUGGACUGUCUACGCCGAAGAUAAAUGGCGCAGCCUCUUGAUGGGUCGUCCUCCCUAUAUUCGACAAGACGAAUGGGAUGUGACGGACCUCGAUGACGAAGACUUUCAGAUUGGGCAGACCCAGGCCGAGUUCAUGCUACCAUUGGAUGAUCAAAUUCGUAUACACCAAUUUCAAUACUUUUCUCGACUGUCGCGCAUCGCAGACGAAGUCCAACUUCGCCUCUUUUCACUUCGCGCAUCACAGCGGCUCUCCUCAAAUUUCACCGAGUCUCUUGAAGUCGCACGGGCGUUGCUCGCGAACCUCAAAGAAUGGUAUUCGAUAUUGCCAAGUCAAUUGAGGGUUCAAAACAGACUCUUCGUCACGAUUGAUCGCCAUGGGCCGCAAUCCGGAUGUCUGCAUUUUGCCUAUAUUCUGCUCGAAGUCUUUAUCUUUCGCUCGCUGCUUCGACCUAUGGUGCGCUCUGCGGCGCCGCCUCGACUGUUCGAGGAAUUCGAAGACGCGAUGAGUCUUACAAAUAUGGUCGAUGAUUAUAUCGCACAGAUCAUCGAAGCAAGUGAAGUCGAACCAAUCCCCGCGAUUGACAUGUCUGAUGAAAACGGAAUUGGGAAUGCCGUGCUAAAGGCUGCAGAGAAUUGUGCAGCAAGGAUGUUGCGCUCCGUCAUGAGGAUGACCUGCAGCGAUUUGGGAGGAUUCUGGUACUCCUGGUCGCGCAUCGGAUUUGCCACAGCCUCCAGUUUCAUGCUGCUGUUGUUUGUACAAGCACCAUCCAAGGAACAUGCUCUCCGCGCUCGCCGGCUGGUACAUAUGUGGCGUCAGGCCUUACGUGGCCAAAGCCGAGGCUGCGAAUUGAUGAAUCUGGCGUUGAUCCGGCUGGAUGGACUACACUGGGCCGGAUUGCCGCGGCGUUUCUUCCUCCCCCAACACGUUAAAGAUGCAUUGGAGACCAAAUUGGACCAAUAA